AGAGAGUCCAGCUGGCGCCAGGGCUGACAUAGGAUGCUGCGGGAUGUUCCAGGGGAGGCCAGAGCCAGCGAGGCUGCCAUCUGAGUAACAGCUCUCUGCUCCGAGUGCGGUGUUCCUGCUGCUACUCUUCGUCUCGGGGACUUAAAGGGACUUCACUUUCACUUUCAGACGCCUGAGUGUAAUAGAAAGCGAUAAGGAUUUGGGUGCAUUUGGAAAGUGCGUAAAAAUAAAACCCAUGAUGGAAGUGGCCACCGACCAGCCUCGCUGGAUGGCACACCAUGCAGUGCUCAAUGGGCAGCACCCAGAGAGCCACCACCCAGGACUGGCACACAACUACAUGGAGCCAACGCAGCUCUUGCCUCCUGAUGAGGUAGACGUCUUCUUCAACCAUUUGGAUUCCCAGGGAAAUCCUUAUUAUGCCAACUCUGCCCAUGCCAGGGCCAGGGUCUCGUACAGCCAGGCUCACGCUCGCCUGACCAGCAGCCAGAUGUGCCGGCCACACAUCCUGCACAGCCCGGGGCUGCCCUGGCUGGAGAGCGGCAAGUCUGCCCUGUCUGCUGCCCACCACCACAACCCCUGGACGGUCAGCCCGUUCGCCAAGGCCCCCCUGCACCAUGCGGCCACUGGUGGUUCCCUGUACCCGGGUGGGGGCUCCUCGGGCGCCACAUCCUCCGCACACUCCAGCCCGCACCUGUUCGGCUUCCCCCCGACCCCUCCCAAGGAUGUAUCCCCGGAUCCGGGCAGUGCAGCCUCCCCCAGAGGGGAGGACAAGGACAGUAUCAAGUACCAGGUGUCCCUGUCUGAGGGCAUGAAGAUGGAAGGGUGCAGCCCCCUGAGGAACAGCCUGGCACCCAUGGGGACUCAGUCAUCUACCCACCACCCUAUACCUACCUACCCGUCCUAUGUGCCCGCACCCCACGACUACGGCAGCAGCCUCUUCCAUCCUGGCAGCCUACUGGGAGGCCCAGCCUCAAGCUUCACCCCAAAACAGAGGAGCAAGAGCAGAUCCUGUUCAGAAAGAAAUCCGGUUUCUUCGUGUUUCCAUUUAGAAGGGAGAGAGUGUGUGAACUGCGGAGCCACGGCCACGCCGCUGUGGAGGAGGGACGGCACCGGCCACUAUCUCUGUAACGCCUGCGGCCUCUACCACAAAAUGAAUGGUCAGAACAGACCACUCAUUAAACCCAAGAGAAGACUGUCGGCAGCUCGGAGAGCGGGGACCUGUUGUGCAAAUUGUCAAACGACAACCACAACCUUAUGGCGACGCAAUGCAAAUGGAGACCCAGUGUGUAACGCCUGCGGACUGUACUACAAAUUACACAAUGUGAACAGGCCCCUGACCAUGAAAAAGGAAGGAAUUCAGACCAGGAAUAGGAAAAUGUCCAACAAAUCCAAGAAAAACAAGAAGGGCUCGGAGUGUUUUGAGGAACUUUCCAAGUGCAUGCAGGAGAAAACCUCCCAUUUCAGUGCAGCUGCCCUGGCUAGUCACAUGGCUCCAAUGGGGCAUUUGCCUCCUUUCAGCCACUCCGGCCACAUCUUGCAGACACCGACACCCAUCCACCCUUCCUCUGGUUUGUCCUUUGGGCACCCACACCCAUCCAGCAUGGUAACAGCAAUGGGAUAAAUAUAAUUCCUUUACAGACUGUGUAAGAGCACGUGGGCAUUGCCUGGGUUGGCGCCCGGAGUCCUCCAAGAAGACAAUGUAGAACUGGCCUGCGCCUCGUCUGUUGCACCAGAUAGGCAUUUACAUUGGACUUACACAGGACUCUUUGGUGGGACCAGAUAAGCACUUUCCUCCCCCUGGACUGGAAAUCGGAAUAAUCUGUUUUCCACUUGCUGACCAACCCGCGGUGAAGGUAAAAAAAAAAAGGUGGACAUAGUGAGAUUUUAUCGUCUUACUUUCUUGUUCUGUUUUUAAAUUACUGUGAAUAUUGUACAUACAUUAACGUCUCUUGUGGGUGGAAAAGACCCCGUGGUGGUUGAUGCUGGAUUUAUACUGCAGACUUGUUACAAAUGGACGCCUUUAUAUAUAGAAAACAAAAUUAAAAUCUAAGGCUUAAUUUAAAAAAAGAAAAAAAAAGGAAAAAAAAUAUUUAUUUUUUUGCUCCUGGAAUUUUUUUUUUUUUUCUCAAUCCGUCUUCGCCCCUGUCCUGGGGGUCAUCUGGUCUGUGAGCUUUCGAAUCCACACUGCCUACUGCCUGCCGCCCUUCUUGGAUAGGACCACCAUAACAUCUUUGACCUGAACUUAACCCUUUCUGCCGCUGGAGGGUUGCUGGUGGAGAGGUUUUGGACUAAACAACCAUGAAAGCAAACAAACAUUGAACAUUGCUUUAUGUGGUUCUCUGUAAGUGAUUUCACCUGGUCCAAGAUUUCAAGGGCUUUUUUUUUUAUUUUUUAUUAUUAUUAUUUUUAAGGUUCAUUGGCUCCGCUCCCCGACAUUCUUAGUUUGCACGUGCCAGAUUUCCUUUACAUCCAGAUAUGUUUUCCAUGUAACAAAGAAAAAACUAUAUUUAUAUCUAUACUCCUGACAUUUUUUUAUUUUAAUUAAUUCAUUGAGUGACCAAGAGCAAUGUGAGGUUAUUUUGGAUCCUACUAAGCCAUUUCAGGAAAAAAAUAAAACAUCAGUUCAUUGCGUUCCCACCGUCUAUCAUUUAGCAGAAAUGUUACAAAACUGGCAAUUCAUUUAGAGCUUUUAUUAUUUUUUUUAAAUCUCAAUGUAAUAAUGUGAAAAUGUAACAUAUGCUUGCCCCUUCCCAAAUAUCUUAAUGUUAACAAUUUAAUAUCACAUUGUUAUGUAUAUAUUAAUUAUUAAUAUAAGGGCAAAAGCUGGGUGGAGGAUAAAAUACAGCAAAUGAACCCAUCCAUGUACAAGGAAAUGUUCUCGACCAAAUAAAUGAUUCUUGUUCUGACAUUUACAAGUAAAAAUCCAAAAUAUAUUCUAAAAAAAAAAGACUACAAAUGAAUACAGGGCCAACUUGUCUGAGGGAAGGCUUAUGUACAGAUGUCAUCGGGACAGGCGUAGAUGCACACAUAACGAAGACGGUUGAUGGGAAAAAAAAGGGGGUUUGGGAUUGCGCCCUAAGGUCCUUUAAAAUUUCUUUAAACUCUUGGCAGUCAGGAAACACUUCAGCCAUUGUCCUGAUCUCCUAGCUGUACAAGGGGUUAAUGUUCAUGGUACAAGCUGUACAUUAUUUUGUACCUUUUAUUUUUUAUGGGGUUGGGAGGGAAAUUUGAAGAAAAUAUUACUGAUACAAGAAAAGAAAAUAGAGAAGUGCAAUAUCUCGCCAGCCUGCAGUUCAGUCUGGGGCCCGGAAUAAAUUAUUUUGUAUCGGUAGGCGCAGAAAAUGAUACAGUAUUUUUUUUUACCUUGUUUUGUUUAGUGACCUUAAGUUAUUGUCGAUUCUGUACACCAUGUUUAUAAUAUUGUCUGUAAAAAGUGUAUGCUAUCCUCCUAUUCGAUGAAGGUGAAUAUUAAGAAUAAAAAAUACUUUUUUGUGGA